AUGCAGUUCAGCUCGCCUUUGCAACUGGCCGGCCUGUUGGCCCUCGCCGCCACUGCCAACGCACACUUGCAAAUGAUGACACCGGCGCCAUUCCCCGGUUACAACAGCGGCCCGUGGGGCCCGCAGCCCGACGGAACGUUCAACCCCUUUCCCUGCCAGGGCAAGAUGACGGGUGGCACAGCGACCGAUCUCAAGCUGGGAUCUUCAGGCAACAAACCGGGGGGAAUGGCGCAGUGGAUAACCCGGCUGGCUAUCGACAACAACCACCCGCCUGUGCCGUCGAGCCCACACUUGUUGGGAACUUCGUCUCCAUGGCUACAAACGACCGACAGCUCCGCUGUUUGGACACAGGCCCCUCUCGAUGAAGAGCCGUCAACUGCCGUCAGACGAAUCCUCCGUGCGCCUGAAGGCACGGGGUCGCGCAACAAACUGGUCUUCAAGGGGAGCGCCGUGCACAGCGGUGGCUCUUGCCAAGUCUCACUAACCUACGAAGCUAACCCAACCAAGGAUACAGUGUGGAGGACAAUCACGUCGUUCCACGGCGGCUGCCCGAUCAAGUUCAACGGCAACAUGCCCCCCAACGCCGAGGCCGUGCUCGACUCGGGCCUCACCUACGACGUCCCCGCCGACAUCCCCGCGGGCGACGCCAAGAUCGCCUGGACCUGGAUCAACAAGUCCGGCCACCGCGAGUUCUACAUGCAGUGCGGCCCCGUCAAGCUCAGCGGCCCGGGCGGCCCCAAGGCCAACUUUGAGAAGCUGCCCGAGAUGGUCGUCGCCAACGUCGAGGGCUUCCCCUGCAAGACCGAGGAGGGCAAGGACUACAAGUUCAAGAACCCCGGCAGCAAGGUCGUGACCGCCCCUGGCCUCAACCUCGUGACGCUUGAGUGCGGUGCUGGCGGCGGUGGCGGCGGUGGCUGCACGUCUGGCGCCUUCAAGUGCGUCGGCGAUGCCAAGUUCCAACAGUGCGCCAACGGAGCCUGGGCCGCCGAGAUGGCCGUCGCUGCCGGGACCAAGUGCCAGGACGGUAAAUUCGUGAAGGGCUCCGUCGAGAGGCUCCACGUCCGCGACUUUGAGUGGAUGCCGAUCGUCUAA